CCAUUUGACUCUGCCAAACCUGGCCACACGAAAACCAAACCUUGAUCAUGGACAUGGAGCAGAGUUAGUUGCUGUGUCACCUAACCUGUAUUCCCUUGCCUUCCCCCAGCACGCACAAACCUACCAAAAAAAAAAAAAACAAGGCGACUUCCACUAGACCAUUAGAACCUUCACCGGUUCACCCACGGGCAUGGCCUGAAUUGUUUAGCGCUUCAUGAGUCCCUGCGGCGGCUGGGGUCUGGGGCAGGCGGCUGGGGCUCCACCGGUUCUUCGAACACGCGUGACAGCGACCUGUACCAUCUCCCCCAGCCCGGCCCGGCCCCGGACCUCCCCCCUCCUCUGAUGAUUUAUAUUGCCGUGCCUUUGCGGAGCAGAAAAGCAGAGGGAUCAACACGCUUCCGGCAGCACACACGGGUCAUCCCGCUGCCAUUAUAUUUCUCUAAUCGCAUGCACAUCACGUUCUCGCGUGGAGGAGGAUGCCGCUUCGCAUUUGCCGUUGCCGCGGAUUGCAAGUAGAGGGGGGCAGCUGAGGAUUUGAUUCAGGUUGCUUCUUCUGGGUGCUUGCCUUCUCGCUCGCCUAGUCGCCUGGCCUGGCUGCUUCAGAAUUGCCGCCCGUGAGGCCGUGAGUCCGUGACCUCUGAUAAAAGCGGAAGCUUUCUUGUUAGCAUUAUCCGCGGAGAAAUAUAGAGAGCGCGGAGACACUUGGAGGCCGGUCAGUUGCUGUUCCUGGAUCGAUUGAUAAGGGUGCGUAGCCUAGUUAGGCGGCCAUGGGUUCUUGCGUGUCGUCGACGAGGCAUCGGCGGCGGUCGAGGAAGCUGUCGGUCGCGGCGAGGAAGUUCCGGCGGAAGGUGUCCUCGGCGAUCGCCGACGCGCCCAUCAUCCGCGGCCGGCACGGGGUCGUCCAUGUGGAGGCGCCGGACUCCAACGUCACCCUGCACCUCACCAAGCUGCAGUGGCAGCACAGCCAGAUGGACGCCGGGAGCGUGAUUUGCGAAGAAGCAUGGUACGAUUCUGUCAGUAUCCUGGAGUCACCGGACUCCGACGAUGAUCUCGACAACGAUUUCGCUAGCGUCAGCGGAGAUCCUCUCCCUGAUGUCACGGGCGGCUCAAAUGCACCGCAGGCGCCGCAGCGCAAGGACGCAGCGUGCUUCUUGGACACCAUGCAGCUCCUUAGGAGCAUUGCAAAUGCAGAAGCUUGUGAUCAAAGUGAACAACCUGACAAGAGUGACGACUCGAAUGUUGCUGCAACUAACAGUGGUACCUGCAAUGAUGAGGAGUUCUGCAGUAGCACACUGAAGGAACUUCAGGCUGCAAUGUCGCCGCGGCCGUCGUUCCCGGCGUCGAUUCCGAGCAACAAGGUCCAGCCGAUGCCGAUCGUUGGUGUCAGCCCGCACCAUCAGCAGCAGAAGAAGAAAACAGCCGUGGUCAGGCUCUCGUUCAGGAGGAGGUCAUAUGAGGGUGACGAGAUGACCGAAAUGAGUGGUUCUGCAAAUUACUUGUACCGCCCAAGGGCAGGUUUCACGGUGCCGUGUUCAACCGGCGAGAAACUGUCAGAAGGUUGCUGGUCGGUUCUUGAGCCAUCGACGUUCAGAGUCCGAGGGGAGAGCUUCUUCAAGGACAAGAGGAAGUACCCAGCUCCAGACUGCUCCCCUUACACUCCUAUUGGAGCGGACAUGUUCGCCUACACGAGGAAGAUUCAUCACAUUGCGCAGCACCUCUCCCUUCCAUCUCUGAAGACACAUGAGACAUUUCCUACUCUCCUCAUUGUCAACAUUCAGUUGCCCACCUAUCCUGCUACAGUGUUUGGCGAUAACGACGGUGAUGGGAUAAGCCUAGUUCUGUAUUUCAAGUUAUCUGACAAUUUUGACAAGGAGAUUUCCCCUCAAUUGCAGGACAGCAUCAAGAGGCUUAUGAAUGAGGAAACCGAAAAGGUGAAGGGAUUCCCAGUAGACAGCAUUGUGCCAUACACAGAGAGGCUGAAAAUCCUGGCUGGUUUGGCAAACCCUGAAGACCUGCAGCUGAGCACGGCAGAGAGGAAGCUGGUGCAGACCUACAAUCAGAAGCCUGUGCUAUCUCGCCCACAACACAAGUUCUACAAGGGUCCAAAUUACUUUGAGAUCGAUCUCGAUGUCCAUCGGUUCAGCUUCAUAUCGCGGAAAGGGCUCGAGACCUUCCGGGAGCGGCUCAAGCAUGGUGUUCUUGAUCUUGGUCUAACUAUUCAGGCACAAAAGGCUGAGGAGUUGCCAGAGCAUGUCUUAUGCUGCAUGAGGCUAAACAAGAUCGACUUCGCCGACAAUGGGCAGAUACCGACGCUGAUAACUGCAGCUGAUGAGUAAAAUCUGUCAUGUUACUGUAGGGCUCUAACUUUCAGGAAAAAAGCAAAAGAGAGUGUGGUUUGUAUAGAGCGGCAGAUAGUUGUAGGAACUAACUCAAGUUUGUGAGCUAAGAAAUACUGCACACAGAUUUGUGUAAAUACUUGUUGAUCAUUGCCCCAAAAGAGGAGAAAAAAGAUAUUGCAGCAAUCUUCGUUAUGAACUCUGAAGAUGUAUAUACAUGUCUGUUUUUUUUCUCUUUGAAAGGAAAUACAUGUCUGUGUUUUCA